UCGAGGUAAUGGGGCCUUAAGGGCUCCCGGGGGCGGGGCUCCGGGAAACUCCGCCCAUCCCGGCAGCCGGCGAUGUCCAAGGCUCUCCAUGUGAGAAGCGGCCCUGGUGCCAGCUCGGGGUGUGAGCACCUCCCGAGCCCCGCGGAUCCCGGCGGGAGCUUUAGGGCCUAUGGAGCGGCCCCCAGCCUCCCUGUUGGACCGGACCGAUCCAGCGCUGCAUCCGGAGCCCCCCGGGACACCGAGCCAGAGGCGGGCGACUGCCAUGGAGCUGGGUAAUUCGGGGGGAAAGGCUGGAAGAGCCCAGUGAGUUGAACACUUUGGUCCGGGAGAGAGAGGAAAGCCAGAAGUCUGGGUCACAGGGAGAGGGGACCAGGAUACUCCGGUGCUGGUGCCCAGGACCCUGAAUCCCACCCCCCACUCUGAGUCCAUCCAAGCCUGUCUUUCGGGGCGCAGAAAUGGCGGCCCACUUCUCAGGAAGCGAGGUCAAGUGCGUCAGCGUGGAGUGGGAUUUCCUGCAGGGACUGCUGGUCAAAGCCCCGCCUGCGCCCUGCCUGCAGGCCUUGCGGAAGGAGAAGUCCCGGAACGCGGCCCGCUCCCGCCGGGGCAAAGAGAACUUCGAAUUUUACGAGCUGGCGAAGACGCUGCCCCUGCCCAGCGCCAUCACCAGCCAGCUGGACAAGGCUUCCAUCGUGCGGCUCAGCAUCACCUACCUCCGCCUGCGAGACUUCGCUGCCCUCGGGGACCCCCCCUGGAGCCCACCCAGAGCCGACCCGCCACCACCUCUCUCCUCAGUCUCUGGUGCCUCCGGACGAAGAGAGACCUCUGCCCUAUUCACCGACCUCUUUGAGCAGCAUUUGGGAGGCCACAUCCUUCAGUCGCUGGACGGAUUCGUGUUCGCCUUGAACCAGGAGGGCAAGUUCCUCUACAUCUCAGAGACCGUUUCCAUCUAUCUGGGCCUCUCGCAGGUGGAGCUGACUGGCAGCAGUGUGUUCGACUACGUGCAUCCGGGGGACCACUCAGAGGUGCUGGAGCAGCUCGGACUGAGGGCUCCACCCCCUGGGCCUGGGGCACCGCCUUCUGGGCCCUCUUCCUCCUCUUCUUCAUCCUCUUCAUCCUCAGCUUCCUCAAUCUCUGAAGCCCCAGAGAUUGAGCUGGCCCUCCCUGUGAUUACUCCUCGAAGCCAGCCCGGCUCCCUUGAGCGUUCCUUCUUCGUCCGAAUGAAAUCCACACUCACCAAGCGGGGGCUGCAUGUCAAGGCUUCGGGAUACAAGGUAAUUCACGUGACCGGCCGCCUCAGGACUCAGCUGUUGACAGCCCGGCGGGGCCAAGCUUUGGGUCUCGUAGCUCUGGGCCACACCCUGCCCCCAGCCCCACUCAGUGAACUUCCCUUGCACGGCCACACACUUGUCUUUCGCCUCAGCCUGGCCUUGACCAUCAUCUCCUGUGAGAGCAGGAUCAGUGAUUACAUGGACGUGGGCCCCUCAGAACUGAUCGGACGAAGCUGCUACCAGUAUAUCCACGGGGAGGACGUGGCUGGGAUUCGCCAGAGCCACCUGGACUUGCUGGACAAAGGGCAGGUGGUGACGGGCUACUACCGAUGGCUGCAGAGGGCUGGGGGCUUCAUCUGGCUCCAGUCUGUGGCCACGGUGGCCAUCAGUGGCAAGAGCCCGGGCGAGCGCCACGUCGUCUGGGUCAGCUACAUCCUCAGUCAGGUGGAAAGCGGCCACAUGGCCUUGGACACUUUCCAGCUCCCUAGCAUUAUCCCCCAGGAGGAUCUCUCCGAUGCGGAACCCGAGAUCAAAGAGUCCAAGGCCCAGGUGGAGGGGGAGCAAGGAGCUUCCCAGCCUGAGCCCGGGGCCCAUCAUGCCCGGGGAAAACGCAUCAAACUGGAGCCAGCCAGAGGAAGCAGCGGCCAAGGAGAGGCCGCCGGGGAAGGCAGGGAGGACAGUGAUGAGGGGGAGUCCAGACACCCUGUGCCCCGUCCCGAAUUCACCUCGGUCAUCCGGGCGGGGAGCUUGAAGCGGGAGACCAUGAGGCCGUGGAGCUUUGCCACCUCUUAUCACACUGGGGAGCCCUUCCACAGGCCCCCUUCGCCCCCCGACUCCCCAUCCCCACCCACUCUGCUCCACGCCGGUUACCUGGCCCCCGGCCGGGGCCUGUACACCAGCACCAUCCGAUACGGGCCGGCCGAGCUGGGCCUGGCCCUCCCCACCCCAGGGCUGGUUUAUCAGCACCUCCACAGGCUAACCGGCCCCGGGCCGGCUUUUUCCGGAGGUCACCCGUGUACCCUUCUUGGGGCUACAGGGGGGAUAGGACCGCCGGAAAGGACGGGGAGGGCCUGUUUUCCCAGCAUGGGCCCUCCCAGCAUCGGGGCACAAGGGAGCCCUGAGCAAGCCAGGGGCGGGGCUGGGGCCCCCAAAUUAAAAGGUUCCCUUUCCCAACCUUUCUUUUUCCUGGGGGGGGCUGAGGGCUGA